AUGUGCAACACUUGACCUCUUUACAAACACGUGCACUCAGCUGCAGCCAUGUACCGCUCAUUUUCUCCAAACUUGGUUCGACCUAACCAGCCCUUGAGGAAACCAUCAUCGAGCCUCGUGGCUCUUUGCGCAUCGUCUCCUCCAACACAUCCCAUGCCCAGUGUUGCACCUGUGAGCCCCACGUCAGGUGGCCUUGGAGACGGUAAAUCAAUGGACACAUCUGCAGUGUCAGGAUCCGUGCAACAGGCAUUGAAUGCACCCUUCUGCAACUACUGUGGUAAACAAGGAAAUUUCCGGUGCAACCGCUGCAAGAAGACACCUUAUUGCUCUGUGGUGUGUCAGACAGAAGACUGGAAGGCACACAGACACAUGUGCAAGUCCAUUGAUUCAGAAAUUGCAAAAGAGAAACAAAAGGAAACCAGGGCCUCGCUAGUGACAGGGAACAGAGCUGACCUUUCAGAGUCUAAGCAUGGUGAUACAAACAACCUCCAGAGGGUCUAUUUCACGGACUUGCAUAUGACUAAAGUCAUCAAGGGAACAUACAUCCAGGCGUCUGUUGUACAGUUUUACAGUCCUGGCAGGUUUUUCGUUUUCAACCAAAGCCCUGAGCUGCUGGAAGCUCUGAGAAGCAUCAGCACAGAGCUUCAUAAAACCUACAGCUGCCCAUCAGUGCUGACAUAUGUACCCCAUGUUGGAGAGGUUUGCGCCGUUCAGUUCUCCUGUGACAUGAACUGGUAUCGAGGCCUGGUCCAGACUUUGGCUACUGACCAGAAGAUGGCUAAUAUCCUUUACAUUGACUUUGGCAAUGAAGAAGAUGUUCCUGUGGCACGGAUCAAGCCCCUGGCUGCUAAUAUCCCACCAUUUUGCCCAUGCGCAAUGGAGUGCCGUAUUGCUGGGGUGGUGCCAGUGGCUGGCAACUGGUCAGGCGAGUGCUGUAUUGCAGUGAGACAGAUGCUGGCCGGCAGGUCUGUGUCUGUUAAGAUGGUGGAAACACUACAGUGUGGUCGCAUCCAUGCUGUGGAUAUCCUGCUGUCCAUGGGAAAGCCGUUGAGCACGUUCCUCCUUGAGCAUGGCUACGCGGCAACGGAAACAGACAAAGUGACGCCAACUGAGCAAGAAAUAAGCGACAUGAUGAGUACAUCUUUGGAAAACUUCAGGCGUUGCUCUGAUGGGAAGGAUGACAACACCUGGGCUCAGCCACCCAAGCCAAUGAUGCAGGCAGUGGGUGACUCCUUCUCUGUUGUGGUCACCCACUUGCAGUCACCCAAUGAAAUUAUUGUCCAGAAGGUGGAGAACGCUGAAGUGAUUCAGGCGUUGCAGUUGAAGCUGAGGGAACACUGUUCUCAGGUCCCAGCUCCCCAGAACUUCAGACCAGCCCCUGGCACAGUUUGCUGUGUCCAGUUCUCAGAGGACAAGCAGUGGUACAGGGCUAAAGUUCUGGCUUAUCCAUCAGAGGAACGCGUUUGUGUCGGCUACCUUGACUUUGGUAACUCCGAGGAGGUGGAUUUAGACCACCUGAGGCCCAUCAGCCCUUCACUACUGGCCCUGCCCAUGCAGGCUAUGCCAUGUGGUCUAGCAGGGGUGCAGCCUGAUGGGGAGUGCUGGUCAGAGGACUGCGUUUUGGCCCUGCAGCAAAGGGUAUCGAACAGAAUACUACACAUUGAGAUCCACGGAGCACAUGAGGGCAAGGCUUUGGUGGCCAUGAUUGAUAAGACCAGUGAUCCUCAGGCCAAUAUUGCUGAGCUGCUGACCUCUGGUGGUUUCACUGCACCUGCUCCUGUUACCGCCUGUAGUGACCAGCAGGCUGACCAGACGGCAACUGCUGCUGCCGAACCACAAGUGCCUAGCCCAGCCUGUGAGCCUCUGGUGUGGUCAUGGACUGAACUUCCCACUGAUGGCCAGACAGUGGCACUGCUAGCCAGUGUCCUGGAGAACCCUCAGGAUUUUUACUGCUGCAUCAACAGUCCUACAGAACAUCAGAGGCUGAUAGAGCUGGGGGUGGAGCUGAAAAAGCACUGUGAGGCGAAUGCCUCACCUUUUGUGCCAAAAGUGGGAGAGCCCUGUUGUGCCGUGUUCCCUGGUGAUGGAGCGUGGUAUCGUGUGAUGGUAAACGGGCUUUCUGAAGACAAGGUGUCUGUACACUUUGUGGACUAUGGUUUUAGCAUGGAACUGCAAAGGAACCAGCUUCAAUCCAUCACUCCCCAACUCCUGACUCUACCCUUCCAGGCAAUUCGCUGCAGCCUUGCAGGUGUGGAGCCCCUGGGAUCAGAGUGGAGCAGUGAGGCCAAACUGUGGUUCCAGAAUCUGGUGGAUGGCGUGAACCUCUCUGCACGUGUGCUUUCUGUCUCUGAACAAGGCUACUAUGUGAAGCUGGAGAGCAGAGGGAAGGAUGUGGCAGCUUCCCUCAUUUCUGAGCAACUAGCCAAGGCUCCUGGAGCGACACAUGAAACCCCAGGCUGUGAGGCCAAACACCAAGAGAAAAUACAGGAAAAUGAGCACAGCCAAAUGAAUGUGCAAGCAUCUGACCAGACCGGAGCCAAAUCCAAAGAGAUACCAGCUGACGGGAUGCUAUCAGAAGACCAGCUGGAGGCCCCGUCUUUCCCAGUGGAUUGGAAGACAGUGGAGCUGCCUCUCAAGGAGACCUUUCAGCCUUACAUCGCAGCUCUCAUUAGUCCUUCCCUGUUCUACCUGCUUGUUGCCAGUCAGGUGGACCAGCAGAAGCUUCAGGGAGUGAUGAUGGAGCUGGCCGCCUACUGCAGCAACAAUCGGGCCUCUUUAUCCUCUGCCUUCCUAAGCAGACCAGAUCCUGGAGCUGCCUGCUGUGCCCAGUACUCUGCUGACAAUAACUGGUACCGUGCAGUGGUCCUGGAGGUUGGCGAGAAUGACAUCAGUGUCAUCUAUGCAGAUUAUGGAAACACUGAGACGGUGCCAUUCUCCCGUAUCUUGCCCAUCCCCAUGCACCUGCUGCAGCUCCCCUUUCAGAUCACUCGCUGCAGCCUCACUGGUAAGGAACACUUCCCUGCAGAGUGGCCACAGGAAGUGCAGCAGAUGGUCCAAAGCCAGCUGCAGAAUGGCGUCCUCGCCACUGUCGAGUCUUUCGAUGGCUCUGCUAAUGUGCUCUCACUGACUCCACUCACUGAGACGGGCGGAGGGCACCUCACCGCCAUGAUCUUGGAUGCACUACAGGCCCAGGCCAAGAGUAAUCCUUGCCCAUCCACCACCCAGAAGGCUGAGCAAACUGACAGCAGCACAUCUACUGCCAGCACUACAGCUGUCCCCAAGUCCCUUCAGCCCAAGUCGAUACCUCAAACCCAGGAGGGGCUGGAGAAUGCAGCAGCCACAACUGUUCUAACCGUAACCCUAGAGCCAGCACCCCAGACUCCCCAGCAGGAGAAAAAAACCUCGGCAGUGUCAGUCAGUGAGGAUCCAGUUCAGAAGAUUUUUGAGCAAAAAGAGCCUCCAGGUGAAAUUAAUACAAAAAAUAAUGCUCCUCAGACGUCUGGCUGCUGCUGUCCGAGCCUAAAGACGAAGAUUGACCACCUGGAACAGUUGGUGCAGCUGCAGCUUUCUCUCAUCAAGCAGUUAGUGGGACAGACAAAAGAAGAUUCACCAAAUACAUAA